CACAACCCAUCCACCUAUAUACACUUCACCAUAAAGUUUGACAUCUCAGAUCAGCUGUGUGGUCGCUGGAGCACAGAACCAUGAUGGAACAGCAGUGAGGAAAACCAACGAGAGAGUGGACCCGUUUCAUGAUGGUGCUCGUCUUGAUUGUCGCAGGUCUUGUGGUUGUCGCGCUGCUCAUGGUUUUAUUCGCACCCUACAUUCGGAAAUACUCUGCAGGUGGAACAUGUAUGUCUAUGGCCCGGUUGGACGGGAAGACGGUCCUGAUUACUGGAGCCAACACUGGCAUUGGGAAGGAGACUGCUCUGGACCUGGCUAUCAGAGGUGCGAGGGUGAUCAUGGCGUGCAGGGAUGUGGAGAAGGGUGAGGCGGCCGCAGCAUCGAUACGACGCAUCUACUGCAAGGCAAACGUAGAGGUCCGAGAGCUAGACCUGGCUGAUACCAGCUCCAUACGGGCCUUCGUGCAACGCUUACUCAGAGAGGUCGACCACCUCCACAUCCUGAUCAACAAUGCUGGGGUCAUGAUGUGUCCCUACAUGAAGACCAAGGACGGCUUCGAGAUGCAGCUGGGGGUCAACCACCUGGGUCACUUCCUGUUGACGUACCUCCUGAUUGGUCUGCUGAGGCGCAGUGCUCCGGCCCGUAUCGUCGUGGUUUCCUCUCUGGCUCAUAACGUUGGCUGGAUCCGCUUCCAUGACCUCCUCAGCCAGGGCAGCUACAACAGCGGCCUCGCAUACUGCCAGAGCAAGUUGGCCAACCUUCUGUUCGCUAGGGAGCUGGCCCGCAGACUCAAAGGUUCCAGUGUGACUGUGAACUCUGUCCACCCUGGGUUGGUGCGCUCGGAGCUGGUACGCCACUCCACCAUCAUGUCUCUGCUGUUCUCUCUGUUCUCCUUGUUCCUGAAGAGCCCUCGGGACGGGGCCCAGACAUCCAUCUACUGCGCUGUGGCAGAGGAGCUGCAGUCCCUCACCGGGAAGCACUUCAGUGACUGCGCCCCAGCCUCCGUGGCCCCCCAGGGGAGGAACGAGGAGACGGCCAGGAAGCUGUGGGACGCCAGCAGUGAGCUCCUGGGCAUCGUCUGGGACCACUGAUCUGAACCACCCUCUAAUCAUCAAAACACUGGCCGCAACCCCAACGCCCUGUAAAGGCACUACUUUUGACCAGGGCCCACAACCUUGUUCCAAAUGGUUACAGCAAGAGCCGGCAGUAGGGCCCACAGGGCCGCGGUAGAAAGUGGUGCACUGUAAAGGGAACAGGGUGCCAUUGUGGAUGUAUCCCAUGUUCUCUAAGGAGUCUUUGUUUUCAAUCUGAGUACAUGUGUCGCCUUAUCAUUUCACGCAGUUACGUAAUCUCAAACUACAGUUAACCCACUUGAAUAAUAACCAUGGAGGCAUUCAGAUAGACAUAAUGGCAGAAAGGACUCUCUCUUAUGGUAGUAACUGCAAGAUCAAAUACAUUAUUGGUCUAGCUAGGUCUAGCCAGGGUGUAACCAGGUCUAGCCAGGGUGUAACCAGGUCUAGCCAGGGUGUAACCAGGUCUAGCCAGGGUGUAUUAUAAACCAGCUGAUUCAGUUUGUUUUGUAUCAUAUUAUAAAUGGGGUUCCAAAAUUCCUGUAACUUUUCACAAAAUGCCCGUUUUCCCGAAAUCCUAGUUGGAAGAUUGCUGGAAUUAAAGCAAAACAUCCAGGAUUUCGGGAAAAUUGGGGGAAUUUGACAAAUUAUCCUCAAUGUGGAUGCAGCUUUGUUUUGAACCUCUCCACUCUAGGUUAGAUUGUUUCCCCCCCCCCCUCAGCAUUGUUAUUGUUAUUUGUCUUUUAUACAAAUGUGAAACAUGCCUUUUUAGUACAUUUUAGGGUUGCAAUUUUUUUUAAUAACAAUCAGGAAAUCCUGAAUCCUCUCCAACCAGUAUUUCUGGAGAAAAAAAAACAGAAAAAAAACAGGGCAUUCUGGGAAAAUGUGACACCCAAACUACAUAGGAGUCAUGUCAGGAGUUUAAUGUUCACAUCUGUAAAUAAAAAUAAUAUUACUAGCUA